GACUAAGAAACGUUUUCCUUGUUCGCCACUAGAGUGCAGCUUGACUGAUCUUCCAUCCCAGACCGAAAACAGUAGCAAUGGCUCAUUCGGUAAGACAGCAACUAAAUCAGUUGGCCAGUAUGUCCCAUUCGGGGACUUCUCAUAAGGAUGUCACCGAAAGGUACAAGGCCAUACUGGAGUCCAUUAUAAAGAUAGAGGGAGAGGAUCUAAUACCUUCAUUACAUACUUUUGUGGAUGCACUUGUCAACGAAAACAUCAGUUUGGUAAUUUCUAGACAGAUUCUCACAGAUUUUUGUAACCACCUCACCAAAUUACCUGACCCAACAGCUAAAGAUGUGGCUAAGUUCACCUUGGAGAGAGUAUAUACCAGGGUUAUUUCCUUUGAAGAACAAGUUGCUUCGAUCAGACAACACUUGGCCAACAUCUACGAGAGAGAGAAGAUAUGGGCUGAAGCUGCCCAGGUCUUAGUUGGGAUACCACUGGAAACCGGACAGAAACAGUACUCUACCGACUACAAACUCAAGACCUACCUUAAGAUUGCCCGUCUUUACCUGGAGAACGAGGACCCUGUCCAAGCAGAGGCCUACAUCAACAGGGCCUCCCUCCUGCAGGCAGAUUCACAGAACGAAGAAUUACAGAUUCGUUAUAAGGACUGUUAUGCUCGAGUUCUGGAUUACCGUAGGAAAUUUAUUGAAGCCGCCCAGAGAUAUAACGAACUAUCGUCCAUCAUUACCGAGAGCGAGAGAAUGAAUGCUCUGAAAAAGGCCCUCAUUUGUACCAUUCUGGCUUCUGCAGGUCAACAGAGGUCACGCAUGCUGGCCACAUUGUUUAAAGAUGAGCGUUGUCAACGGUUACCUGCCUAUAACAUACUGGAGAAAAUGUACUUGGACCGUAUCAUCCGAAGCAAUGACCUCCAAGAGUUUUCUGAAAUGCUGCAACAACACCAGAAAGCGAUAACUGCUGAUGGUGAGUUUCUGAUUACUAGUGGUAUUGGUGGUGGUGGUGGGAGUAGUGAUCUGUGUAUUUACUGUGUUUCUUUGUCAUUCCAGGCUGAGAAAAUAGCUUCCCAGAUGAUAACAGAAGGACGUAUGUCUGGAUCAGUUGACCAGAUAGCAUCGAUUGUACAUUUUGAAACCCAUGAAGCCCUACCGAACUGGGACAAGCAAAUCCAGAGUCUUUGCGUCCAGGUGAACCUUAUUAUUGAACGUAUAUCGGAGAAGGAACCCAACUGGAUGAUGAAGUACAUGUGAAGCGACCACCUGGGUAGAUUGGCAGAGGGGGGUGGGGUGGCUUGAAAAGAGUGUGGUGGUGAUGGGGGUGGGGGCAGAGUGUUGUGUGUAUGAUUGGUGAAAUAAAUGUGUAGGGGGUAGACUGGUGAGGGUAUGGUAAGGGUAUGGUAAGGGGGAAAAGUGAGUUGGUGGCGAAGGUACAAAUGGCUGUGGAAGUGGGGUACAUUGGGGGUGGAUUGAGGGUAGCUGUGUUGUGUGUAUAACUGGAUAGUAAAGAGGGUGGAUUAUUGAAAGCAUAAAGGUACCUUGGGGCUGGGUAGCGUUGUAAGUACAACUGGAUGGGUGGAUUGGUCUGGUGAUAGCUUGUGCUAUAGUGUUGUAGCACCUUAGUCACCAAUACUAUAAACACCACUACCACCAACACUACAACCACCACCACCAAUAACAGUAGUACUACCACCACUGCCAACAACAGGAGCACUACCACCACAUCACCACCACCAAUACAGCCAACAACAGUAGUGCUACCACCAAUACAACCACCACCACCACCAAUAACAGUAGUGCUACCACUAAUACAACCACCACCAACACUACAACCACCACCCACACUACACCCACCACCAACACUACAACCACCACCCACACUGCAACCACCACCAACACGACAACCACCACCCACACUACAACCACCACCAACACUACAACCACCACCAACACUACAACCACCACCCACACUGCAACCACCACCCACACUGCAACCACCACC